AACACCACACCACACCACUACCUCUCUCUCUUGCUUCGUCCUCAGCUCCCCUGAUCUGCUCCUCGUCCCUUCCUUCGCUUCAACACAUCCAAGUCCAACCUUAUUGGGAAAGGAGAGAGGAGGUUUCGGAGUCCGUAAGAAAGCUGCCGCCUGUCUCGUUGGUCUAAUCCUUUUCUUCUUGGUUUUUGGAUUCCUCUGUCUCUGUUCCAGAAGAAUGGGAGACCAUCUUGCUUUAUUAGUGGACCAUCUCCUUACUGAGUCAACGCUCGAGGCGGCUAUUGGAGGUCAGAAGCACGACCAGAUUGCCACCGAUUCAGCGCCUUUGGAAGAUCCAGGCAAAGAGUUUACUAGGAAGAGAAACAUCAGAGACAGGAGCUGUGUUGGAAAGUUAGUUGAAUGCCGAAUUUGUCAAGAAGAGGAAGAAGAUUACAACAUGGAGAUCCCUUGUUCAUGUUGUGGCAGCUUGAAGUAUGCUCACCGUGAAUGUGUUCAAAGAUGGUGUAACGAAAAGGGUGACACAGUUUGCGAGAUUUGCUUGCAGCAAUUCAAGCCAGGUUAUACUGCUCCCCAAAAGUUGUUUCAGUAUGGGAGUAUCCCGAUGAACUUCAGAGGAAAUUGGGAGAUUACCAGACAGGACCUGAAUGAUUCUCAAAUCUUAACGUUGUAUCCAUCAGAACGUGAUGUUAUGCAUCCUCAUGAUGAUGAUUAUUCAGCUUUAGGCAUGAGAACCACAGUUUGCUGCCAGUCAGUAGCCAUAAUAUUCAUGGUUCUUUUGGUUCUUCGCCACACUCUUCCUCUCGCCAUCAGUGGUGCUGAGCAGUACUCAUUCACCAUAUUCUCACUACUGGUGUUGAGGACUGCUGGAAUACUUGUACCGGUCUUUGUUUUGAUCAGAACAAUUAGGACAUUUCAUCAGUGCCAGCGCCAACAGUCGAUGCAGGGAACUCGGGAAGUAUCUGAUCGAGCUGAAGGAACGCACGAGCUUAGUUCCUGGCAGCUGGUGCAAUCUCAACCACAUCGCAUUCAAGUGCACUGACUUGCAUAGAGGUGAAGACUAAAAGGGCGAAGAAUAAUUCCACCGUCUCGCUUGGUGACACAAAAAAAGGUGAAAUAAUGGAAGAUGAGCGAAGGAAAAGCGGAGAUGAACCAAAAUUGAUGCUUCUGCCGGCGUGGGUAUGCAGCCUGCUGCUCUGUACAUAAUGUGGUAAUAGUAUAUUUGCUCUCAAAAUGCUUGAAAAUAUUGACCAUAGUUGGAUCACUCUAUCCAAAGCCACUCACUUCACAAUUGCCAUGAACGAAGGGAGAAGUGGUUGCACCACAAGUACUGAAAUGGAUGCCAUGAUGUAAAAGGAGAUUCCAAUUGACAUGUUUGACAUACUUAUGUUGUAUGCCAUGGUGUAAAAGGAAAAAAACUCAUGUUUAUGUUGAUGGAUAUUUAUUUAUGAGCAUAAAUAAUGAUUUUUUUUUCA